AUGUGGCAUCCGAACAUCUACGCGGACGGACGCGUGUGCAUCUCGAUCCUUCACCCUCCGGGUACCGAUCGUUUCAACGACCAGGAGACAGCAGAUGAGAGGUGGCGCCCGAUCCUCGGUGUGCACAGCAUCCUCAUCAGCGUCAUCUCCAUGCUCCUGGACCCCAACCUGAACUCGCCGGCCAACAUCGACGCGGCCGUGCAUUUGAAGAACGACCCGGAGGGCUGGAAGAAGAAGGCUCCCCCCUUGCGGUGGGGUUUCGGGCUCCUGGUUUAG